UUUAAUGGGUAUCAGUGAUAUUGAUUAUAAAAAUAUACAUAAUGAAAACAAUUCAACAAAAAUUUCAUCUGAAAAUAUUGCUUUACCAACUGAUAAAAAACAACCAAAAACAUCAAUUGGUGGUGAUAUUUUACCGUCGUUUUCAAAAAAUUUUUCUUCUCGUACACGAGCUGAACUUGAUAAAAACUAUCUUCUUCAACAUAAUCGUCAAUUUGAAAUGGAUAUGAAAACACUCAAUGUCCUAUCUCCAAAUUUAAACAUACAUUCAAGUGAUUAUUUACAGGAAAUACAAGCAUUUAUUAAAGAUAUUGUUGCAAAAGGUCGUUCAUAUGAAUCAAACUCAUUAUGGAAUUCUGGUCAACCAAAAACAUUCAUUGAAUGUUGUGCAAUAUCUAAAACUCUAUUUGAUUCACCAAUCGAUAUUUACACAUGUGGUUUUGAUGAAAAACUUGCUCAUUGUAAAAAUGAUUCAUCGAUUAAGUACUUUCUUAGUAUUGGCGAUUUGGUUUAUGAUGAAUCAUCAUCAAAUAAUAUCAUUAAACUUCAAGAAGUACUUGAUAAAAAUUAUUCGAUUGAAAAUAUACGAUUACUUUUUCUUGUAAACAAAUGGUCGAGCCAAUUUGAAUUUAAUAUGAAACAAAUGCAAAUGGUUUUGAACUUGGAAGAAAAAAUGAAUUCGAUUCUUCAUGAUAUUGAAUAUUAUUUAAAUUUUAUCAAAGAGGUUAAUAAUGAUGCUAGUGAAAAAUUAAAUCAAUAUGAUUUAUCAUUAUUUAAAUCUUUUUCAACAGCUAAAUGUGCGAUUCAUCAUGCAUUUUGUAAUUCAAUAGAUACACCAUCUGUUAUUGAACAGAUAAGAGAAUUAUUAUCGACAACAAAUAAUUAUAUGAAUACAACAAGUGAAAAUGUUCAUCGGCGUCUUAUACAAAAUAUUUAUAAUUUUAUUAUGCAUUUAUUUGAUAUACUUGGUUUAAAAUAUGAUUUAACAUUCGUUGAUGAUAUGCAAUCUACACGAUCGAUUCAACAACAAACAUAA